UUUGAGUCUCUUCCCCUUGAAAAAACACACACAACAAAUACACUUCGAAUUCUGAACAAAAUUUUUCAUUGCCAUGGCGACCUUGUCCACCACCAUGUCCAUGGCUUCCUCCCCGGCGAUUCUUGACCCUAGCCGGCCUCAGGCAGCGCCAACGUCGACAGUGCAGCCGUGCGUUGGUCUCCCGAGCCUCUUGCCUCCGCAAAUUUUGUCACAGACCCGGCCGCCGAGCCGCCAGAGCUGGAAGACAAUGGCCUCUUGUCGUAACUUGGCACGGAAUGUGGUUUCCAUGGCUACUGGAGACACAUCAGUCGAAGUCGGUCCCGAUGUUUCAGAGGUCCUGAAGCCCAUCCAAGAUACUUGGGAGAAACUUGACGACAAGUAUGCUGUUGCAUCUCUGGCCUUUGCUGGAAUUGUUGCUUUGUGGGCCUCCACAGGAAUGAUUUCAGCUAUUGAUAGGUUGCCAUUGGUACCUGGCAUUUUGGAACUCGUUGGAAUCGGUUAUACUGGGUGGUUUACGUAUCGCAACUUAGUAUUCAAGCCAGACCGGGAAGCACUGAUAGAGAAAAUCAAGGAAAAAUAUGAGGCGAUAAUUGGGAGCAGUUGAGGCGUUUGAUGUUCUUCCUACCUAUGUGUUUGCCAUGAAAAGCUCCGGCACGUUGAGCCCAAAUGUGAAGCAGGGUUUUCCAACAGGGAAAGAGAAGAAGAAUUCUUGUGAAACAAUUUAGCAUGUAGAAGGGAGCAAUAUAAGUAUUCAUUCAAAUGUUCUCUACCUAUUUAGGCAGCUAUUCUCUUUGGUUCCUACUUCCUUGAGAGGGAAAAGAUUUGACUGUUGCUACUCGGAAGCUAAAAUUCACCAAUAAAUUUAAUAUAUAACAAGUAAUACAUGGGUAGGGCCAAUGCUUCUUAUGCAGCUAUCUUCUCAACUAUCUUUGCAGCAGUAAAGCUUUGAGUUUGUAUGA